CUGUCCUCCACCACAGCCCAACGACCUCUUGACAUCGAAAAGCACCUAUCAAGAGUCUCUCAUCCUUCGUUUUAAUCGCGUUCAACGUUCGGUGUCAGGCCAAGCACGGUUAUCGACAGCAGCAAAAGCUUCCCCCCAAAGCUCGCGCACUCCGCUUCGGUACCUAGCGUCGGUUCGGCAGAGCUCGUUACCUGGCAUCCUCGGUCUCGAACCUCGUCUUUCCCGACGUGGCUUGAUAACUUGCCGUUGCUCGUUCGCGCCUGGCUCGUUCAGCCCCGCGCCAUCGCAUCUCUUGACGCCAUUCCUCGACGCGCCCACCGACGAGACUGCAACAUUUCCUCUCCCAUGUAGAGUCGCCUCCCGUUUCUCCCUCGUUGCAGCCUCGUCACCGCCGACCACACAUCUACGUCUCUGCUUGAGCCAACCUGCCUGCCGCGACCACACAGGCAGGCGCUCUAUCAAGACCCCUCGACGCCCGCGAAUACACCUCCAUGGUCCCUCCACCAAGAGUGGGAUCAUUCUCACCAAACCCUUCGCAGACUCUCCAGACGGGAACCAGCCACUCGCCGCAUCCGUCGCACGGUGGUGUCCUGAGUGCUGGCGCGAGCCCCAGUACAAGCAGUCCGACUGGGGCUAACCCCUUGACAAAGAUUGUUGUCGCCCAAGUCUACCUCCUACUUAGCACUAUCAAGGAGGACAAGGAUCGCGCCAGGUGGGAGUUACAGGUCGAUCAGCUGCAAAAGCUCAUCGAUGAACACGGCAUGGAAGUGUUCUCCAAGUACUUUACUCGGUUGGUAGCGGGAAAUGCGCCCCAAAUCUUCCCUGGGCUUAACCGCCCCGUCGCCAACCCUGGUAAUUACCACAUUCUCGUCGCCGAGAUGCGAAAGAUUGCGCACGAUGCCGAUCAAGCAAGCAAAAUCGCCGAGUCGGUAGAAAGUGGCACCGAAGACAUCUUCCGCGACUUUGACCUGUCAACCUUCAUGGAACACUUCAAGCUCGACGCGCUGGAGAAGACACUCUUGGCGCUGGCGUUCAAGACUGGCUCCCGCUCGGACUUGAAGACUAAGGCUGACGCCAUUUUGUCGACCAAUUUUUCGGCUUUCAUGGACAUCGUCUCGCGCCCAGAAAUCGAAGCCCACGCUGACCUUACUCCUGCGUUCAUCGCGCUAAUUGUCGAUCGAUUCCUUCAAUAUCAUCCUCCAAGCUUCAACGCCGCUUCCCGGCGAGAUCUGCAGAAUUUCAUUGCCAAGCGAUACGUCGCGAUGGAUCAGGCACCCCCUUCAGAGGUUCUUGCGGCUCUCGACCUCGGUCGAGUCCUUGCUGACAGGCCGGCCAAUGCCUUGGCGCGAUAUGUGCAGAGGACGGGGGCUGAGUUCACGAGAGACGAGGAGACGUGUCUGUCGUACUUGCAGGGUCGUCCCGGCAACAUGCAGCUUGGACCUGACCAGGUCUCUGCUGCGCUCACGUUCACUGCAAUCACUCAAAGUCCUCAGCAAGAACUCGUCGUACUUGUUGCAGCCCUGCAACGCGUCCUCCCAAAAACCUUCGACUGGACGGAAGUCGUUCUGUUCUUUGAUCAAGCCACGGCUCGAAUCUCGUCUACGCAAUUUCUGCGACUUUAUCUGGCACUACUUCCCAUUGCGCAGGACCCAAAGUACGAUUUCGAUAUCCAGAGACUUUGGGGUGGUUCUUGGAGCGAGCCGGAGGCCCAGCUGUCCUUCGUCAGCGCUUUCGCCUCCCUGACACCAGAUCAGUUGGACGCCACUACCAUCCCAGGUCUACAACGGAGCAUCAGCCUCGACGACUACGCAAACUCCCCCGCAAACGUUCAGGAGCGUGCUGCCGUUGCGGUAAAGCACCCUCUCGUUUCCGUAGCCGCAUUGUCCGCCAUAUUCAACGUUGCCCUUAACUCGGUGCAUGCGUCUCAGAGCGUCGAAGCGAAGCGCCUUUUUCAGGAGGUAGUGGUUCCUAACCUGGACAUUUUUCUAGUGUCUGCUUUCGAGGUCCCUCGGCAGUCCUGGGCGACAAUGGCAGUGGAUACGCUGAACUCACUGUUCGAGAAUUUUCUGUACAAGCGGUCACCCGAGUACGAUUUUGUGCUCGACAGUCUGUGGAAGAAGGACAGGACAUGGGUAACCCAGCGAUUGGUUGAUGCUCAUGCCGUCAAGCCCAUCGACUUACCCUUGAUCUUUGACCACGCGCUGAAACAUGGAUGGCUGGAUCACCUCGUCUACCUGCCCAGCGGCUUCGGAGUCGAUCUAGCUGCAUACGCGCAUGCCGAAGGCCACCUCGACUUGAGCACCUGGGCACGCUUCAACGCGGAGAGAAGCGUUGAGAUGUCUCGCGUCCUGCUGCAAUUUCUUAUGAUCAAAGCCAACCUGGAAAUACAGUUCCAACGUCCCUCAGAUGCACAAUCCCCGGCCAAGACUAGCACGAGCUUGCAGGUCAGGACUGUAUCUGCGUUGCUGCAAAUCCUGGAGGACUUCCUGCCUAAGGCGCCGGUGCAGGACCUUAUUCUGGUGCAGCGCCACUGCAUCACAGCAUACCCACGAUUGAUCAACUAUGGUGAGGGCUACGACGAUGUCAUCGAUAUCAACGGCAGAGAUGGAAACGCAUUAUCACAGGCUGCCAACAGCAAGAUGGAAGAGCACUACAAGAGAAUGUACGGUGAUGAAAUCCAGGUACGCACAAUUGUGGAGAUUCUGGAUCGCUACAAGCACUCGAGGGAUCCCCUGGACCAAGACGCGUUCGCCUGCAUGAUACACGGCCUAUUCGACGAGUACAAUCACUAUGUCGACUAUCCUCUGGAGGCUCUGGCUACGACCGCUGUACUCUUUGGGGGGAUCAUCUCUCACAAGCUUAUAUCAGACCUCCCUCUGAAGAUCGGGCUGGGGAUGAUUCUCGAGGCUGUUCGCGACCAUCUGCCCGACGACCCCAUGUACAAGUUCGGUCUCCAAGCUCUGAUGCAGCUUCUCGUUCGCUUUCGGGAAUGGCCUGGGUUUUGCAAACAGUUGUUGCAAAUCCCAGGCCUGCAAGGCACAGAAGCGUACAAGAAAGCCGAAGAGAUCGUGCGCGAUCAUGAGGAGGACAUUGUACGAUCUCGCAACGGUGCCGGUACACCACAUGGUCUGAACUUCCCGGGGGACUCUUUUACCAACGGAACUCCCGACGAUGCAGCAAACGAACGCCAAGCGCCCCCAUUCGCAUCUAUCGGCAUUGAUCCAAUUCCUCCUGGCGUUGAGUUUGAGGAACCCGGUGAUGAGGAGCAGGGCAAAAUCCAGUUUGUUUUGAACAACAUCACAGAGGGAACUCUGCAGUCAAUGCGCAAUGAGCUGCGCGAUAUGGUGGAGCACAAGCACCAACAGUGGUUUGCAAGCCAUCUUGUCGAAGAGCGUGCGAAAAUGCAGCCCAACUAUCACCACGUUUAUUUGGAACUUGUCAAGCUCUUCGAAGACAAGACGCUCUGGAACGAAGUGCUUCGGGAAACAUACAUCAGCGUGGCUCGUAUGCUUAACUCGGAGGCUACGAUGCAGAACUCGACUGAGCGGACUCAUCUGAAGAACCUUGGUGGUUGGCUCGGUCUCCUGACCCUUGCUCGUGACCGUCCCAUCAAACACAAGAACAUCGCGUUCAAGCAACUGCUAAUCGAGGCUCAUGACACCAAGAGGCUCAUUGUCAUCAUCCCUUUCGUUUGCAAAGUCCUCAUUCAAGGAGCUUCUUCAGCUGUGUUUCGGCCUCCGAAUCCAUGGCUCAUGGACAUCAUCCACUUGCUCAUUGAGCUCUACCACCACGCCGAGCUGAAGCUGAACCUGAAGUUUGAGAUCGAGGUUCUGUGCAAGGGGUUGAAUCUGGAUCACAAGAGCAUUGAACCAUCGGGCGAAAUACUGAACCGGCCUGCGGUCGAGGACGCACCCGAGGUGCUCCCACACGAGCAGCUUGACGCAUUUGAUACCUUGUCUCUUAAUGGCAUUGGAUCAGUCGUUGGCGCGGGCCUCUCCCCGCAAGUCGUCGCACCAACCAUACCUGACGUGGGACCAUUGAUCAACAUUCCCCCAGCCAAUGAGAUGGUUGUGAGCACGACACGCCUUCACGAGAUUGUCCGGAGUGCUCUCACAAGGGCGCUGCAGGAUAUUAUUCAGCCGGUUGUGGACCGGUCGAUCACGAUAGCGGCAAUUUCGACGGUCCAGAUGGUUCGCAAAGACUUCGUUUCGGAACCAGAUGAGAAUAAGAUGAGGAACGCUGCCGUCAGUAUGGUCAAGGCGACCGCGGGCAGCCUGGCCCUUGUUACUUCCAAGGAGCCUCUCCGGGCGAACAUGACCAACUACAUGCGCAAUCUUGCCAACGACCUUCCCUCGGGUCUGCCCGAGGGAACGAUUAUCAUGUGUGUCAACUCAAACCUCGACCUUGCCUGUAACAUCAUCGAGAAGCAGGCCGAAGAGAGGGCUGUUCCGGAGAUUGAGGAUAUGCUCGAGGAGGACGUUCAGGCUCGAAGACGACACCGCGCGCAGCAGCCGAACGAGCCAUUCUAUGCUGGCACGGUCAAUCGCUGGGCCAUGACCAUCCCAAGCCCAUACAAAUUGUCGCCCAACAUUAAUGGCCUUAACAGCGACCAAAUGCAAAUUUACGACGAUUUUGCAAGACAACCGCGAAAUACCACGGUAUCGGCAUCGCAUGCACCAUCUGCUUCGGACGCCACUCGAUCUCUGGCCAACGAGGUCCUGCAAGAAACCUACAACACGGUUCCGAGUAUGCCCACACCGGCCGAGACGCCCUCGGUACAACAUCUCGGCUCUCAGCUGCCAUAUGCUCCGGUUUCUAGUGCUGCGGGCAACCUGGGUCGCGGGGCCGGAGCGAAUGCCUAUCACAUUGAUGUUCGUGGUCUGGCUGAGCGCGUCAAUAAGCUACUACAAGAGCUCUUGCGGGUUGCUGCGGAGGCUCAGGAGGAGCACUUCAUUGGUCUCCCGAGGCCUCAUCCAGUUCUGGACGUGGUCGAUGCGUUGGUGCAGCUCAUAAUCAAGACGUCCCAGAGCUCGGAAGAGUUCGCCAUCUACACCGCAGAGCAGAUAAGCGCUCUCAUCUUCCAGCAAGUCGAGGACAACCUGACUUUGGAGAGCCUGGUCCAUGUUUUGGAGACGUUGCGGAAGAUUUCGGGACCUGCAUUGAACAGUCGAGUGCGUGCGCUUUUCAGCCAGCAACCCGGUGCGAAUUUCUUGAGUGUGCCCUUGCUUGCUGCCUUGAUUCGCACCGACUUAAUCGACUGGAGGAAUAUCGACGCGGCAAUGUCUAAGGCUCUCGAAAGCAGGAAAGAUUCGUCCCUGGAGUUUCUGGAACACUUGCUCGAUAUCGCCCUCCUCAACAAUCGGCCAAUCGCCCUUUAUACAGAUUUCGUGCGCACACUGGAAAGGGCGUGGACUUGGGUUUGUGACGAGCCCGGCAAUGGUACUGCCCAGAGACUAAAGGAGAGGCUUCUGAACUCGGGGCUUCCGCAACCCUCGUGGAGUAGCACUGGAGACGAUAAGUCAGCCUUUCGACAGGAGCAACUGGAGUAUGUUUUCGAGGAGUGGGUCCAUCUCUGCAACAACCCGAACGCAACAGCCGAGACUUCCAGGGUCUUUAUGGAUCAACUGGAGUUGAGGCAGCUUGUCAGAGAUCAGGGCGACCUUUUGGUCAUGGUCCGCAUUGCUCUUGAACUGUGUGUCGAUCGUUUCGACCACAUUGCGCACUCCAGUGCCAUCAGCGAUGCAUAUGUCAUGGUCGAUGCCUUGGCUAAACUGAUUUGUGUCUUCACUACAACCCACAACGAUACAUUCAGCUCUCGCGUUUCCGUCAUGGACUCUGUCUUGGUUCUGAUCGGACUAGUUCUCCGCAACCACCAUAUCAAGCGAGGAGAGCACCUGAACCAACGCGUCUUCUUCCGCCUUUACUCGCUGCUUCUUCACGAAGUCCACAGCGCCAGCGAUGAUUACACCGAAGAGGAUCAGCGACGAUUACUGCUCUCCUUUGCCUCCAAGCUCGAGAAUAUCGGGCCCCUCUAUCUCCCGGGUUUUACCUUUGGUUGGCUUUCGCUUGUUCAGCACCGAGCUUUUGCCCCAGUCCUGUUGCAGAUGCCCGGAAACGCUGGCUGGCGCCCGUAUGCGAAACUGAUCGUGCAGUUGUUAGACACGCUAAGCGAACAACUCAAAUCGCUCAACGUGUCAAACAUGGCCAAGGAGCUUUAUCACGCCACUCUCAAGCUCUUGGUGAUUCUCCAGCAUGAUUUCCCUGACUUUGUCGCGGCCAACCACGUCACCUUCUGCGCCAGCGUUCCGCCGCAUUGCAGCCAGCUGCUUAAUGCAAUUUUGUCGGCCAAUCCGCAGCAAAAUCCGACUACAGGCAUGAAGCCAGAUCGUUCGGAAGAAAUCAGCUUGAAUCCUGGACUGAUUGAAGACGCCACGGCUGUGCUGCGAGAUUGUGGGCUUCUUGCCGUGUUGGACCAGGUCCUCCUCAACGGACCCGCCGAGGACACUGUCGCACAGAUUGCGCACACGAUGACGCACAACAGCCCGCAGGAGACCUCCUUUGGACAUAUCCCGGUGGCAGUCAACGCACAUAUCAUCGGGGCUGUGGUUGUGUACAUCGGGCAACACGCCGCAGACCGCAUGUCUCGCUCACCAAACGCCGCGGCCGUAACUGGGAACGAAUCUGAUGUAGCGACUCUGUCUCUGCUUGUUCACGAGCUGCCGCCUGAAGCCAGGUACUACCUCGUAUCCUGCAUUAUGAAUCAGUUGCGGUUCCCGAGCGCCUACACAGACUUUUUCUGUCAUGUUGUUCUCCACAUCUUUGGCAAGGACUUAAACGACCCUGAGGAGUCCGAAAUUCGCCAAGAGAUCACUCGGGUGCUCCUCGAGCGUCUGGUCGGGUUCUGGCCUCAACCCUGGGGACUCAUGUAUACGGUUUUGGAGCUGGUUAAGAACGAAAAGUACAUGUUCUUUGAUCUGCCCUUCGUCAAGUCGACACCAGAGGUUGCGGAAAGGUUCGCGACGAUACUCCAACGUAAUUAGCCCUGUUGAACGACUGGAUCGGGGCCUGCAGGCAACGUGAAGCAGGACCCCAGUCUCCUCACGACAUUACAAACACAUCCACAUUUUAAUGAACGUAUAGUCGCGUUAUGACAGACUUGACUAUGGCAAUGCAUGGCUGGGAGUAGAGGUAGAUGCUUACAGAUCGUCUGGGGCGUUCCAUGUUUUGGGGGAAGCAAGGACGCACGGGCUUCAUGAAGCAAUGUACACCCUGUAUAAUUGUACGAAUAGCUACUAAUGCAAAGGGACUGGCGCUGUCCUGUCUCCAGUUGCGAGCGCGUCGUCGAUUGGGAGGAUUUGAGUGUAGACUCUCGAGUCGGCUCAGACAGUGAGUGUGCCUCUCAUGACCUGAAUAGC